UUAAAAAGUGCAGAAGGCGUCGCCUUUAACACAAGGGGCGGGAUGCCUGCAUAAAAGAGCACUUGAGGUUGCCGUUGUCCUUCAGAGGCUCUUGACGACUUUUUUUUUUACGGUGUGAAGGCUCUUUUACCUUUGCUCAUUUUUUAAGGAAAUGGCUCCAUGCGAAAAGUGUAUCCCCAAAGAAUCUGCACCCCCAGGUAGGGUUGCUGAAGGACUGGUUAGACUGUAUAGCAUGAGGUUCUGUCCGUAUGCCCAGAGAGCCAGGCUGAUCCUUGUAGCAAAAGGCAUCAAGCAUGAGACCAUCAAUAUUAAUCUGAAGAAUAAGCCUGACUGGUUCUUUGAAAAAAGUCCAUUUGGUUCAGUCCCAGUAAUAGAAUGUCCCAAUGGAAAGGUGAUCUACGAGUCUGCAAUCAUCUGCGAGUAUCUGGAUGAAGCAUUUCCAGAAAAAACGUUGAUGCCAUCUGAUCCAUAUGAGAAAGCCAAGCAAAAGAUGCUUCUUGAACACUACUCUAAGACCGUCCCAUAUUUCUAUUCGAUUGCAGCAGCUUUACGCAAUAAAGAGGAUGCAUCUAAGCAGGAAGAGGAGUUCAAGAAGAAGCUUACCUAUUUGGAUGGGAUUCUUGAAAAGCAGAAGACCCAGUUCUUUGGAGGAGAUUCUGUCUCAAUGAUUGAUUACAUGAUCUGGCCGUGGUUUGAACGAAUUCAAGGAUUCCAGCUUCAGCACUGUUUACAACACACGUCAAACCUCAGCAGCUGGGUGAGCCGCAUGAAGGAAGACGCUGCUGUAAAGGCAACUAUGACCUGUCCUGACACCUUCAAGACCUUUUAUAAUCUCUACACACAAGGAAGCCUGGAGGCCUGUGAUUAUGGGCUCUAAGACAAAUGGUUUACAUUCUUCUGAAAAGAAAAAAAAAAAAUUGGAAUUUUUUUUAACCCAACAAUUCACUUGUAACAUGAAAGUUCUUUACGAUCGUUCAGUUUCAUAAAUGUAAUAUAAACAGUAAAGAGGUUAUUUUGGGAUUAUUAUUUUUUUUUUUAAAUUGAGGUAUUGUAAUGCUCAAAACGUUCCAUGAAACUUCAAUACAAUGAGCCUUAAUUCAAUCUUUAACCCUUCAGCCAUUUACGUAUUUGACCAUCGUGUGUUUUUAAGUACUGCUUUACCCGUUUACCGCUUUUUUUGAAGAUCUGCUACGUGGUCUUGGCUCCUUUGCCACAGGUAGGCCAGGGGAAGGUCUUUCCAGUACUGCAUUCACACAUCCCCCUGGGUCAAAACUAGACUUGCAGUGAGCAGGAGAAGCUUCGAGUGGGACUGAUUUAAACGUUGACUUAUUUUUCAUACCUAGUCCAGGCUUACAGGGCCCUGUUACAGUCACUACUUUAAUUCUCCCAAUUUUAAGGAGAGACACCGUAUCCCUUUCACACUGUAUAACUAUGCGUGGUUUGAGUAGUAAUUCACAUACUCUUAUUGGCUUUUCAUUUUAAACACUGAAAACUCGCAGAACAAUUGGGCCAAACUUUUUAUGCAAAAUAUGCAGUAAUAAAAAAAAAUUGAAUUUGAGUAAAUAAUUUAACUGCACUGGAAAAGUCCAGUCCUUUGUGUGGCAGCUCACUACUAUCAGGCCUGAUGUGAGAAACCGAUGGUCUGUGAAUUAGACUAGUGAGAUUGAACAUGAAAAUGUCAUUUAAAAUAUGCUGCUUGUCCUUAAGACUAAUAUCAGCAUUCCCUUCUUAUUAUUGGAAACCUCUUACUAGCAUUUAGUUCUGCCAUGGAUGAUUAGUUUAAUGAAGUGUUUUGGUAGGGGGACCCCGACCCCUAAACUGUGUGGCUGCUGCUUUAUUCCCUUCCUGACUUAAACUGCUAAUACUGUCAUUGAAUCUUUUCUUUGAAUAAAAUGAACAGUAAAUUGUCUCUC